CGGGGGCGCGCGCCGGCGUCCGCGGGAGCGAGCGGCGGCAACAGGAGAGCGAGAGACGGCGGCCAACCUUCCCGGAGCCGUAAAACCGGAGCCCGAGAGCGAGGAGGAAAUGACCUAGAGGCCUUAGAAAUACGUUAGUGCUGUCCUGCUUCAUACUGCAACUGAGUGCAUAAUCAAUCUGGAAGCAGCACUUGUUUCCGCUUCGAUCCCAAACUACCUCACCAAGGAUUUAAAAACCCAACACGUAUGAAGGGAGGAGGAGGCAGCUUGUGAAAUCUACGGGAGUUGGAGCAUAGGCACUUGUCAGUUUUUUGUUUGUGUUAAAGUUGAAACACUACAUCCAAAUGAACUACGUUUGACCGACUGGAUCUGUCAAAAAUUCUUUGAAGAACUUGAUCACGGGACAGAAGUAAUGUGGACUGCUUUGAGUAAUAGUCCAAGCACUGAGUAGUUAAUAUUUUAAGUUGAACUUUCGCUGUUGAUCAGUGUCUUAGUCCAUUUUAGUCUGCAACUCUGAUUUUUUUAAGAGUUUACUUUGCAAGUGCUUUUGUGUUGGAAGUAGCAAGAGUGUUCCAGCAUCGUCAUAUGAUUCAGAACAGAAAGACAGUAUUUUAGUACUUUGUGUUGGUGAGCUGCUUCCCAUUCUUUUUGGGUUUGAUUUCUUUCACUGCCAGCCGCACUUUCUUUAGGGUGUGAAAUGGCAUUGACUCUUCCUGUUAACCACUGUGGCUGGUUUUAUUCUAAUAAUUGGAAUAGUGAGAGGCUGUGCUAGAACCUCGUGCAUUGCUGUGCAGCUUUUUAAAAAGCAAGAGUCGCUGAUGAAUGUGCAAUUUGGGGACAGAGCAACGUUAAUCAAUUCUGAAAAACUCCUCAUCUUUUUUUUAAUUAUUAUCUCUCCAUACUUGACUGGUUGCAGCAGGGCUGCACCUACAGAAGAUUAAUAGGUUUGACCCUGUCAGCAAUCAUCUCCUGUGCCGAAGGACUGUGCAAGUAUGAAAAUGCUUGCUUUCAGAUUUACUCUAGAGCUAUAUCUAUGUAUAUGAUACUCUUGACUCUUUUUGUAGAACUUUCAAUGUUCAAUGUUUGGAAAAUUUAAUCAGAAGAAAAAAUCACUAUCUAAAUAAGACUUUUUACUCAAAAAAGGGCAAACAACAAAUCCGCAGAGAAAGCACCAUUACUUAUGUAUUGUUGCAGUGCUCGGGAAAACAAAAUGGACUAUAAGCGACGGUUUCUGCUUGGCGGGUCCAAGCAGAAAGUGCAGCAACACCAGCAGUACCCCAUGCCUGAGCUAGGCAGAACCCUGAGCGCACCUAUGGCAUCUACCGCUGCUGUCACACCUCCAUUGACACCCACCACCCAGAUAGCUGAUAUCCAGCAGGGAAUCUCCAAGUACUUGGAUGCACUGAACGUGUUCUGCCGAGCCAGUACGCUCCUCACAGACCUCUUCAGCAGCGUUUUUCGAAAUUCACAUUAUUCUAAAGCAGCUAUGCAACUGAAAGACGUGCAGGUACAUGUCAUGGAGGCAGCAAGCAGACUCACAGCAGCAAUAAAACCAGAAAUUGCGAAAAUGCUCAUGGAACUGAGUGCAGGGACAGCAAACUUCAAAGAUCAGAAUGACUUCAGUCUUCAAGACAUUGAGGUGCUGGGCCGAUGUUUCUUGACCGUCCUGCAGGUCCACUUCCAGUUCCUGUCCCAGGCAUUGCAUCGCGUUCAGCCCAUAAUCCACUCUUGCUUGGCAGAGGCUCAAGCCCAGGAGAGGAAGAACGCAGUGGGGAGUGAGACCAUGAAGGCUGGUCGUGUGACGGAAUUGGAAGAAGCUGUGAAGUCCUGGGGAGGAGCGUCAGAGGCGACUUCUCGGCUUCGUGAGGAAGGAAGUGAUGGAAGCCUGGCUGGUAUUGAAGUACAGCAGCUGUUCUGUUCUCAAACCACCACCAUUCCUGAGCAUCAGCUGAAGGAUUUAAAUAUGAAGAUUGACAGUGCUUUGCAAGCUUACAAAGUUGCUUUGGAAGGCUUGGGUCAUUGUGAGUAUGCGAUGAAGGCUGGCUUCCACCUGAACCCUAAAGCGAUUGAAUCAUCUUUACAGGGCUGCUGCAGUGAGGCUGAGGUGAAGCAAGCAGGAAGGAAACAGUAUCCUGCUCAACCACUUCAGUGUGAGCUUCCCACUGUACCUGUACAAAUUGGACCCCACUUUCUGAAGGGCAUCUCCUUCAGCGAGUCUGGAGCAGAGAAUCUGAAGCUUAAAAUGCAAGCAAUGGUGCAACUUAUCAAGGAGGCAGCUGGGCAGAACGAAGUCUCACCACGAGAUGAGUCUCCGACAGAGAUCCUCAAUCAGGUCUGCCCCUCCACGUGGCGUGGUGCCUGCAAAACUGCUGUGCAGUUGCUAUUUGGACAGGCAGGAUUGGUAGUGGUGGACACAGCACAAAUCGAGAAUAAAGAAGCUUAUGCCCCACAGAUCAGCCUGGAGGGCUCCAGGAUUUUGGUUCAGGUCCCUUCAACAUGGUGUUUGAAGGAGGAUCCUGCCACCAUGUCUCUCUUACAGAGAUGCCUGGACCCUGAGAAAACGCUUGGGCUGGUAGAUGUAUUGUAUACAGCGGUUUUUGACCUGUGCAGGUGGAAAGAGAAAAGGGAGCAAGUUUUGCCAAGUAUCCAGAUUCAGCUACGCCGGGAGUGCACUGACUUUGGGACUCAUGUGGAUCUUCCUACGGCGAAUGGGGCUAUUGUCAAGUCCUCUGGUGGACUGCAGAAAACUUUUGCAAAACUGACCUCUCGUUUCACAAAGCGAAAUUCCUGUAGCAGCAGCACGAGUAACAGUAGCAGUAGUGGUGGGAGCUUUUCGAUCCCAAAUACACCUUCUAAGAGUAACUUCUCCAUUAAUAGUUCUGAGGAGGAGCGAAAAGCCAAGCUGCCCAACCACUCAGAUUUGAGGCUGCAGAGCAUUUUGAACGUUGGAAGUUUCCCAAAGACGGUCGAUUCGCAGGAAGUUUCCCGAAGCACGUCCAACCCAAUGGUCAAUGGUUUCUCUGUGGAUAAGAGGGAAAUAUUUUUCAAAGGAGAUGAGGGGAAGGAUGAUCAAGGCAUAAAGUUGCCAAGCGACCAGGAAAUGCAGGAUGUUAUUGACUUCCUGUCUGGGUUCAACAUGGGAAAAUCCCAAAAAGCAUCACCACUCACUAACAGAAGGAAUUCGGUCACAGCACCAGAGCGGAAAGCGGCUACCCUGCAGCAACCACAGACUGUACCACACACUCCAUUGCCGAAUUCUCAUCAGGUCGCACAGCGCCAGCAUCAGCACCAGCAGCAGCAGCAGCAAUUGCAAUAUUACCAGCACCUUCUCCAGCCCAUUGGGCAGCAGCCACCGCCAGCACGACCACAGACUCCUCGAGGCCCUGGGAAAUGGCCUAAUAGUACGUCUCAGCAGACAUCGCAGAGCCCAGGUUCAGGACUGUCACCAAUUGGGUCUAUGAGCCAGUGGAGCAAUAUUGCUGUGCAUUCUGACUUGAGUUCAGACUUGUACAGCCUGGGUCUUGUUGGCAAUUACAUGGAUAACAUCAUGGACAAUGUCAUGUCUGACAUGUUGGGGCCAAAAGUGGCAAACACCAGGAAUAACACUUGGCCCAACCGGGUACAAAGUGACGGGGUGUUUGGGAUGCUGGGAGACAUUCUGCCUUUUGAUCCUGCAGUUGGUUCAGACCCAGAGUUUGCCCGCUAUGUAGCUGGUGUUAGUCAGGCAAUGCAGCAGAAACGACAAGUGCAGCAUGUCCGACGGCACAGCACUGCAAGGACUAACUGGCCUAUCACUGAUGAACCCCACCGGACGUGGCAGCCAUCGGAGUGCUUCACUGAGGGAGAUAUGCUGAGUUGGUCAGGGACCCAAGGAGAUUCUGCCAGCUCCAGUGAUGAGGCUUCUUCUGCAAAUGGAGACAGUUUGUUCUCCAUGUUCUCAGGGCCUGACCUUGUUGCUGCUGUCAAACCAAGAAGCAGAAAGCACAGCAGUGGUGACCAAGAGACUUCUACUCUGCCAUCUCCUCCUGUCUUACCCGCACCAGAUGAUUUUGGCCAGUUUCUUACACAGGACAACAAAACCAAGACCUGGCCUCCGAAGGCUCCCUGGCAACACUCGACAUCCCUCACCAACACAAUGCCCAAUCCUGGUACUUCCCUGUAUCAGAUUGUGAACCCCGUCAGCCAGUGGAAUGACUCCAUGCAAAUUCUCCAGUCACCUGUGUGGUCAACAGCCAGUGGUAACUCUGCUUCCACAGCAAUUUCUUCCAGUUUCUCCUUCACACAGCAACAGCAACAACAGCCUCAGCAGCAGCAAGUUUCCCAGCACAAAACAAUGAACAAGGGCUUCAAAUCCUAUCCCGUCAAGCAGGAACGGAGACAGUCUUAUCUCCACCAAUACUGAGUGUUUGGAAAUGGCUUUAACAAGGGUUCUGUAUUCUAGUGAAUAGUCACGUGGCUUUUAAGUGCUGUGAGUGAGGUAGCCCUGCCACAUAACUGUCUCAAUUGAUCCUUGUUGAUUUGUUCUGCACUUUCCAACUACUGGUUGGAGGUGCCCAGAUGAAGGCAGAUUGUUCUCUCCGCCUCUGUUCAGAUCACCCUGUAGUGUGUUGCCAGUGUCCCUCCACAAUGGUAUGGAGUCAGGACUCGGUGUGUGUGACUUUUUCUGCUCCCUUGCUGCCUCCACUCAGUGUUUUGAGAUGCAUGGUAGUGCCUUUUGUACUUCAAGCCAGAUCACUGACCUUUGGGUUGUUGUUUACGCCUGAGCUCAGCUUCCGAGCUUGACCAUUGGGGAACCUGGUGCAUUUGCUUUUUUUUUCGGGGGGUGGGGGUGGAAUUCACUGAGCUGUCAGUAACACAUUAGCUACUUGACAGCAAAAGGUAGUGGGAGAGCAUUUAAACACAUGAAGUUGCCAUUGUUGCACAUAUACUGAACAUGACCAGAUCGAGGUUAAAAAGAAACACGUAGUUCAUGCCUGAGAACCUGGUGUUUCUGGCAUCAUCUGAUCCCAUGUGUUGCAGCAGUCUAGACUUCAGACGCUGUAAAACUGAGAGACAGGACAGUAAGUUGAAGGAAAAUAAAAAGCAUACGGUCUUUGUGACGUGUUCCCUGGGGUUCUUCUAGUUCAGUAAAAAUAACCAAAUGUCAAAUUUACAACAAAGACAUUUGGGAUAGUGCUACAAUCCCUCCCUGCAGCAUUUGGACUGCUCAUUAGGAUACAUUGCCUUUUAAAGAAUAGUGUAAUCUUUGUAAUGUUGUGAUGUAGUUGCUGGUUUAAUGUACUGAAGUUUUGAGUUUUCCACUUUCUCAAUUAUGAGCUCUGCAGCCUGUCUUUUUUAGAAGCUGACUGAAUGACACAAUGUGAGACAUUUAAUGUCCCUGUGCACUGACCUUGUAUUAUCUGUGGGGUGUGGGGGAACUGAGUUACUGGUAAUACCUUGCACCUGUUUGUAAAACUCAUACCACAAGCAGUGAAGUGAGAACUGUAUUAACUAUGCUUGAAUACAGUUAUGUCAAUGACACGGGGUUGGGGGGAAUAUAAACUAAAAAUCAUUAUUUAAAUAUAAGAGCUGCUCAAACUGUUUUAUAGUUUGUACUGAGGAAAAAAAACAUUUUAAAAACAUCAUCUAUAUAAUUUUUUGUACUUUUUUAUUUUUUAUAAAUGAAUUAGUGAGGUUCUCUCAGGAGGGAGUCUUGUAUUCAUCGCAGAUGUGACAGCCAGAUGGCACCCCGCACCCUGAAGGUGUAAGCUUCAGUUACAGUGACCAUCUUUGUGUGAUAUCUCCACACUCGCUCAGAUGGUGAACAGCUUGCAGGGGCGUUGAAUUGGUCAGUUCUUUUAGUCUGGGUGUCAGGAGCAGGGUAAAUAAAACACCUGGCACAAAGUUGCCUUGUUGGGUAAACCUCUUCUUAUAAAGUACCAUCCACCACUCAGAAUAAACUGUUUCUCUCCCUCGCUCUCUCCCUCGCUCUCGCGCAUUCUCAAUCUUUCAUGUGAGCUGUCUAAUGUUUAUCUUGUGUCUCGCUGUUUAUUGCUGUUGCAGUCUGUCUCUUUCUGUGUGUUCUGUACAAAAGGUCAGGGGAGGAAGCUAUGUUCUUUUACAAUGGCCUAGGACCCAGCCAGUUCUAUCUUCAGAGUUCUGCAUAUCUGACCAGUGUGGAAUUGUUAAACUUUGUGAUUGAAAUAUUUUGCUGUCUGAUCUCAACUAGUCUUAUCCCCAGUCGUUUACAGUUUCACUUUGAUUGUCAGUGAGAUGCUUUGUUACAGUGAUUGAGUGCCCUGUCUCCCUUUAGACCAUACUGUCCCUCUUCACAUGUGGAAUGUCCUCAGCCCUGCAAUGGACAAUCUCCUGUGCCUGACCUAUACCCCCCCCUCCCACAUUCACAGGGUGUAUAGGAGGUUGUUGGUUGGAGAGGAAGGAUUGGUUUGAGUUGUUGGAAAGAUAUCUCCUGCAGAAAUAAAAUACAGAAACAAAAAUUGAAAAGAUUGAAACAUAACAAAGAUGGUAAGCAUCUGUAAGGAAGAGGGCACUGUUACUUUGGGUUUACAUCUUUUGAUAGAGAAUUUUAAGUCAGAUUUAGAGCUGCUUUAAGCAUAUAAUGCAGUUGUUACCUGAAAGACGUUAUGUGGAAAUGACCAUCAGUGUAAAAUCCAUGUGAGACAUCUUGCUCGCACUUUCUGCUGCCUUUUUCUGUCAUGUAUUUGUACUUCAGCACCUAUAAAGGGACAUAUAAAGGCAAACAUGUUACACUCUAACUCCACUUUCUAUGGAAACGCCGCCAGUGGUGACAGAUUGUAAUUAAGUUAACUGAUCGGUUAGCUUCCAGUUAUAAAUGUUGGUUAAGGAAUUAAGAAUGAAAAUAGAUAAAUGUAAGGAUAAUGUGACUGUGAAAUAGGAUCUGUCUUACAUCUAUACACAUUGGGCACUCCCUGACCCCAAUAUAACUAUCCCAUCUCUCUCGUCCUGCUUCACUUGAAGACAGCAGGGUGUGAUCUUGAUGCUUUGGGUGCAGUGCAACAGACAGUCAGCCUUUUUUAAACUUUAAAAGAUUUUUUUCUUUUUUUUAAAAUAAAAAUUGCAUCUGUCAGACAAUGGACAAAUGAGACUUUUUGUACUGAUGGUUUAGAAUUUAAAACAAUGUUUUGAGGUGUUUCUGCAGAUUCCUGUUUGUUAAAGUGAAUUCAGACAUUGCUAGUAUCUUGCUUUUGACAUGUAACUGCAUUCACCGCCUACUGUUAAUCUUCCUGGUGUCUGUCCUACGUGGCAACCUGAACUUAUAAUUCCUUUGACAGGGAUCUUGGGAAGCUCAAGCAAGGGCACUUGGUUCAAUUUAGUUUUGUAAAUGAGCAUCGUGUCUUCAGGUGAGAGAGUGGGCAGUGGGAUCAGUUAUAUUUGAUUUGAAUAAUUUCACAAGGGAUCUUGCAGAUGUUUUGUCAUUUCAUCAGCCAUCGGUUAAUUGUGAUGAAAGUGUACAAUCAUGACUUUUGUUUCCACCUGGUAAUGUAGUGUUUUAUUCAAAAACAAAAGAUUGCAUUUAUAUAGCACACUGAAGGUACUGCUCUCAUGCUGUGCUUGUGAUGAGCUAGCUGAUACCUGUGGUUGAAUCUGUCCCUGAGCUGUGACCACACUUGUGUGGUCUGCCUUUAUUCUUCAAGGUCAUGUUCACUGGCAGCUGACCUCCCAGCCACCACCCAGACAGCCAUGUUUGCUUUAAAUUUUUUUUAUUAAACUUCAUAAGACCGUAAGAAAUAAGAACAGGAGUAGGCCCUUCGGCCCUUCAAGUCUGCUCUGUCAUUCAAUAGGAUCAUGGCACACAUCCACAUCGGACAUUCCUCGCAUCCGCUUUCCUGCCCUUUCCUUGAAUGAUCAAGGAUCUGUCUAUCUCAGCUUUAAAUAUACAGAAAGACUCUCAUACGCAUAAAUAUUGCAGAAACAAGACUCCCAUUGGGGUGACCAGCAUUUCAGCUUCCAGUUCAUUGUCCUUUCCCCAUACCAAGUUCCUCCUGAGCCCAUUACCCGGCCAAUAACUGACCUUCCAAUUUAAUAUCACAGUCAUCGUAUACAUGGGAAAGUGAUUGGCUGUUUCCUUACUGCCCUGGCUUACUGUCUUAUUCUCUUUAUCAUCCCUCUCUGACAUGCACUAUUCCCCACAGGGGGAGUGUUGCCACAUCUGGUCCUGGAAUCCUCAAGCAGUUGAUCAAUUUGGCCAACAUCUUCCACCCCACCCUUCACCUGGACAAUUUGUGACAGCUCCCUCCCCUUCUUGGACCCCUAUGUCUCUAUUUCCAGAAACCGACUCACCACUGACACCCAUUUCAAAUCCACUGACUCCCACAACUAUCUCGAACGCAUCUCCUUUCACCCACUCUCCUGAAGAAAUGCUAUCCUAUACUCCCAAUUUGUCCACAUCUGCUCCCAGCAUGAGGCAUAUUCUGCUCUAGGACUUCCCAGAUAUCUUCCUACUUUAGGGACCGUAAUUUCCCCUCUUCUGUAUUAAGGAUACCCUCAAACAUAUCUCCUCCAUUUCCCGCAUUUCUGCCCUCAAACCCUCUUUCCCCCCCCCCCCC